AUGGAUGAUAAACUGAAUGCUACAUAUUUAACUAUUGGUGGCUAUGUAGAAGUGAACAAAUACAGAUUUCUGUAUUUUUUUGUCACAUUGGCUCUUUAUACGCUUAUAAUUCUAAGUAAUUCCAUCAUUCUUUACCUGAUCUGGAGGCACCGGAGCCUGCAUGAGCCCAUGUACAUUUUCAUUGCAGCCCUGUCAGUGAACUCACUUCUGUUCAGUACUGCCAUCUACCCAAAGUUUCUCUUUGACUUUUUAUGUGAAAGACAGACCAUCUCUUAUCAAGCUUGUCUUUUUCAGCAUUUUCUAUUUUACACAUUAGGUGGUGCAGAUUUCUUGCUGUUGGCAGCCAUGGCUUAUGACCGAUAUGUGUCCAUCUGUAAUCCUCUGUUAUACCCGAUGAUCAUGACAAAGAGAACCGUGACGAUUCUGCUGUUUCUGGCUUGGUUCCUGUCCGGUUCUCAGGUUGCCGUCUCAGUUGUAAUCAGCAGUAACCAAAAACUCUGUCACUUCACCCUCAGAGGAAUUUUCUGCAACAACUCAGUCUUCAAGCUUACCUGUCAGACGUCGAGGGUGAACUCAAUAUAUGGAAUUGUUGUGCUGAUCAAUAUUCUCGUUCUUCCUGUGCUUUUCAUACUUUUCACAUACACAAAGAUACUUCUAAUAACCUACAGAAGCAGCAAAGACAUCAGAAGAAAGGCUGCAGAGACGUGUUUACCUCAUGUGCUGGUUUUAAUAAGCUUCUCACUUUUGUGUGUGUAUAAUAUCAUUGCAGCUCGAGUUGAUCUCAAUUUUCCAAAAGUUGUGCAUUUGAUCAUGUCUUUACAAGUAGUAUUGUAUAAUCCUCUUUUAAAUCCCAUUAUUUAUGGCGUGAAAAUGAAAGAGAUUAAUAAACACCUCAGGAAGUUGUUGGGCCUUGUCAAAGAAAGUCAUUAA